AUGGCGACCAGUGUUGCAUCACUUACAACGACUACAUCCGGAGUGACAAACACAGUAGAACUAUCAACAACAACGACACCUGGAGUGACGGCCACGGCUGCACCAGACACAACAGCUACACCUGGAGUGACGGCCACGGCUGCACCAGACACAAAAGCUACACCUGGAGUGACGACCACGGCUGCACCAGGCACAACAUCUACACCUGGAGUGGCAACCAUGGCUGAACCAGACACAACAGCUACACCUGGAGUGACGACCACGGCUGCACCAGGCACAACAGCUACACCUGGAGUGACGACCACGGCUGCACCAGACACAACAGCUACACCUGGAGUGACGACCACGGCUGCACCAGACACAACAGCUACACCUGGAGUGACGACUAGCGGCUGCACCAGACACAACAGCUACACCUGGAGUGACGACCACGGCUGCACCAGGCACAACAGCUACACCUGGAAUGACGACAGCGGCUGCAUCAGGCGCAACAUCUACACCUGGAGUGGUGACCACGGCUGA